CCGUUCGUGGGUGAAAGUCCAGAGUAAGUCGCACCGAUUCGAGGCUCGAUUCUCGUGCAACGUGUUUUCAGUAGCGUAUCCGACGGUCUUUGUGAGUCACCCGCCACCAGGCAGAGUGCCGCUGCUAGACGCUAGAAAAAGCCGGGAAUUAUUGUUUAUGUGCUCAGCUCAGUGUUUUGGUCAAGCGCCACUUGAAUAUUUGUGAAAAUUGAGUUUCCAAAUGCUGCUGUGAACCGACAAAAGCAAACAAAGGCCCUUCAGAUUGUCAUGGCGUCUUUUUGUGUCCGUAGACAAGCACACAAUAUCUGUAUCCAUACAUAAGUGUAUCUCCAAAAUUAAACUCUUUCGGACUUUGAACUGACUUUUGAGUGGACCAUCAGCUGGAUUGCAAUAUGCGCUUCAAUAGACAGAUGUUCGAAUGUUGGCACUAAGUUCUAAUGGAAAAUCUCUAAUCGACCAGCAGGCAGAAGAAAAAAUAUCUAACACAAUACACAAUAAAUAACAGAGCCGGGUUGAAAAAACUGCGCCGCCCACUGGGUGGGCGCUCAACUGAGCCACAACAAUAACGGCUCAAUUCGUCGCACCCAAAUCCACCCAAGACACCGUCUAUAUAGAGAAGGAGCAGAGCAGUGGCCUCCAAGACGUCGACAAUGGCAAGAAGGAAGCGUACCAGAAGGAAAAUGGCAACGAAUCGAAAACGGAAGAAGACAGUUGGCACGUCAGCAUCAGACCUCAUAUCAGUAGUCAAGUGGAAGAUUAUGAUACCAUCAAUAAUGUUCCUGCUGUUCUGCUGCACAAGUCACGUGCUGGCGGUACGGAGGGGUCGCCUGAUGUCCCCGAGCACAUUCACUGCACUCAGCGGCGACCUGCAUGUGCAGAUACAGUUCAGCGGCGAGGAGGACGAGGCACGGGUUGGUGGCACCAACACAACACGGCUCCAGCCUCAAAAUCACAAUAUCACAGACGGGUAUGUUGACGCCCACUUGAGCACUGACAGCCCCGGCGCGGGCACAGGAUUGCAAGCGGGAACGGGCUCGGGCACGGGAACGGGAACGGGCAUGGUGAACACCAUAAUGAGCACUUUAGUCAUUAGCAAAAUCAUUAAUGAUGCGGCGACAGCUGAGGGGGAGCUGCAGGCUUCGAAUGGCACUGGCCAGAGCAACAGGACCAACCAGUUGGUGCUGCAGCGCAGGCGCAAGGAGGUUGUCCAGAAUAUUCCACUCUUUCCGGAUCCGCGUCAGAACAUCACACAGGUGACAGUGCCGUGCCAGACCUUUAUGCGUGGCGGCCUCUACGAGAUGCAGGUGGUCCGAAACCUAAAGACGACCCUCAAUCGCAGUGACCCAGUUGGACAUGCAUCAGAAACGUUGACGACAACCACCUUGAUGCCAGCGCAGGAUGAGCGUUUGCUGCAGACUCUAGACGUGCGAUGGCCCAGUGCUGAGAUGCUGGUCAGUCCCGUGACCUUGCGCACGUAUCCCAGGGCGCCCGUGAAGGUCACCCUACGCUUUCCGGAGGUCAACUGUGAGCGUGCCUUGCACGGCUCGGGGCAACCUGCGCUGCCAGAGUUCUGGCUGGAGCUGGUCUACUGCGGCAAGGAGCGCACCUGCGCCUACAAUAUUGCCAAUGUGUCCAAGUCGAGCGUGCUCUUUGCGGAGCAGGUGCACGGCUUUCCCAAGUUCAAGACCGUCGAGCUGGGCUGCGAACUAUUUGGCCUGGCCGGCAACUAUGCCGUCCAACUGCGGCCCAUGAUCACAGCCCUGAACGUGCCAACCACGCGGCGUAUGCUCAGCGUGGACUGGAGCGAUGAGUUUGUGUUCAAUGUGUAUGCGCGCAGCAUCUUUCCCUGCGAUCCGCAUUCCGGUGUGGGCGUCCUCUACGAAUACCCCGGCUGCAUACUGGAGCAGGGUGAUCGAGUGCGUCUCUAUGCCAAGCUGCGUGCAGAUGUCGCCUCCCUCAAGCCGCCCACCUCGCUGCACUACGUCGCCGAGCAGCGUGUCGUCAAGAGCCAGCACUCUCUCUACUUCAGCUGUGACCUGUUCUCCGAGAAGUACGUGGAGUACUGCUUCGUCUACGUUAGCCAGGCCAUUUCCGGCGCCGUUGCGGAUGUGCGCAUGGACUGUGUGCCCACACUGCCCGUCAGUGAUUCCGAUACUGGCGGCUGGGGUGCUUGGAGCGAGUGGACACCGUGCUCAACAAAUUGCCUGGGAGGCACUCGCAAUCGCUAUCGAUUCUGUGAUUCGCCGCCGCCGCGUUACGGUGCCAAAUUCUGCGAGGGUCAAUCGGUACAAACGGAAAAAUGUAAUAAGAGCAUUGCGGAUACCUGGGACUGCAUCUACGAAACAAGCGGCAGCAUCCUGACCAAGUCGAAUGUAACCGAAGUUCAUCAAGAAAUCGGUCCUGGCUGCCGCUGUGGCUGCAUUGUACACCUUGGUUCAUCCAAGCCCAAGCGCAUAAUUGCCGGCGCCACACAAAGCUGUCCCGGACGCUCCUUUUGGCUAAUCCAGGUCGAUGGCGAGGCAACCAUUUCACUGCAGCUCAGCUUUCUGCGUCUACCAUGUGGCACGCAGUACAUAAAGGUGCGCGACGGACCCUCGCUCUCCUCCACCCUGCUGCUGGAGCUCAAUGGUGAUGCUGCCACUAGACGAACCGCUGCUGAAGCUGCCGGUCAUAUUGGGCUGCCGUUGGCGACGGAGUCGAGUGGCGCACAGCUGCUGGUCGAGUUUUUUUCGGGCGACAUGACAGCAAAUGGAACAUCCAGUGGGGGAUACGAUGCUGCGUCCUGCACCGGCGGCUUCAUGGCCAACGUUAAGCCCUUAGGAUCCAGAAAUGUGAGCAAUGCCAGCACGGUUCUGGCGGCAACGCGUCUAUCUGCCAAGAGUCGCAGCCACCUGCAAAAGAAGUCUCUGUCCAGGAUGCGGUUCACCCUGGUCCAUUUGAGCGCCAUGGUCUUUGCCACCAUCAUAAUAAUAAUAAGUGCGCUUUUAGGUGCUCAGUACGUGGUACGGUAUCGGAAGUAUCACCUGGCAGUGGCACGUCGACAGGACGAGGGCUCGCAGCUGCACACACCGCGAGCCUCCUUGAGCUCGCUGCACGGACCGCCAUCACGGGCUCUUUCGACGACCACGCUGCUCUCAGAGGUGAUCUACCUGGUGAAACUGCGACCCAAACGUCAGCUGCGGCACUCCAUACUGCGCGAGAGCGCCGAUGUCGAGAACGUGAGCCACGAGACCGAGUUCAAGGAGGACGAACAAAUGGUCAAGCGAGAGGAAGUGCCGGCAUUUGGUAGUACCGCAUCCAUGAUGACUCUGCGCAAUGAACACGCCUCGUUGACGUCGCUCUCACCAGCUACCGACAGUCGCAGUCCCGCAGUUGGCUCCCCGUCCUCGGUCGAGCCGGAGCUGGAGCUGGAGCUGAAGUUGGAUCAGCGCCUCGAUGAGGGUAAAAAGGAGACUAGCACGCAUUCUCCGGCAGAGCCACUGAGUUGUAAGGACAGUGCCAAGGACUCGGAGUCCAUCAUCUCGUCGGGCAUGAGCUCCCUGUGCAAUAGUCCACCUCUGAACAGCCACAGGCUGAGCAAGUACUCGGAUCGCUAUGAUGCGGUCACUCUGAAGCUGCUCAGCUCCCGUCUGGACGAGAGUCUGCGCGACGCCGGAUCUCUGAACUCCGGCUCCGGUUCGCUGUGCCUGGGUCGCAUGGGAUCACGCAGUGUUAGCACCUCCUUAACCAAUGGAUGCUACUCGCCCGCAGCGAGCGUGGUCAGCACGGCCACCAUACGGACGACCAGCAAUCCGAAGGAGUCCAAGGAGAAACAGAAUCGCAAGAAGCUCUUGGCGCGACCUGGCUCCGAGUUCUCGCUGGGUAACCAAGAGGAGUUAGAGCUGGACUAUUACGAUUACAAUGUGAUCAAUGCGGGUGCGGCGCCCGGCUCCUAUCUGGGCAUGGAUCCAGCUUAUUGCAUUUGGAUACCGCCCUUCGAGGAGACACCCGAGCGAGAGGACGAAGACAAGACGCCAGAGCCCAUGUCAAUGCCCGAGGAGACGAAUGCUGCAUUUGAGGAAAUGCAAAUGCCCAAAUAUGGUCACUAUUUGUGUCCGGGCAGCAAAUCCACCACAACGGAUAAUACGCCUAGCUCCGAGGAGCGCUCCUUGCCCAGCAGCCAGCACCAGUCCAAGGCCACAUCGCCCAGCGAGACAGUCCAUAGAAGCACUCCAAGCACAACCAAGCAGCCAACUCCCUAUAUGUCCCGCAAGCAGCGCCGUCAGGCCAGGCAGCAGUUCAGAUUGAAUGCAGUCAGUUCCGGCUAUGAGUCCGAGUCCGGGACACUCCGUCCCAGCCAAGCAGCCAAGCCCGAAGUGGAAAUUGUGGCCGUGCAUCAGAGCUUGAAGCAGACGGACGGGGACCAGGAUUCCAACCAAUCAAUGACCGGUUCAUACGUGGAGAAGGAAACGCUUGUGGAGAAGUCGUCACGCGAUCUGCAAGAAUACCUCCACCUGGACGACAUCCAGUUUGCCGACGAGAGCGGCAGUGAUUACGAGGCAGCCACGCUCAAGCAGCAGGUGGCACACGCUGCGACCAGGACCCUGCUGGAUAAUGUGACAAGGACGAAAUCGAAAGAGGCUGCCGUGUAGAGAGCCCCUCGACAGCUGUUGUACAUAGAACGGGCGAGCAGAACAACAUCCAAGUUCACUUAAGAUAGUAUCUGUUACGGGUAGAUACAAAUAUCAGCAAUACGAGUAUAGGACCACCAAUAGGUUAGAUGCAAGCGUUGAGUUAUAAUCUAGAUCUAGGCAUUCAUUCCAAUAAAGGACUUUUCAAUUAUAGAUUCGAGUAGAGCUCAAGUGGUUAAGGGAUCGUUUAAAUUCACACUAAUCGCUAUAUGAUAUAUUAUGUAUAUAAGUGAGAUAUAAUACCUAGUCAUUCAGAUUUAAGUCAAAGCUUUGGCCUCUCUGGUCUUUUGUUUAUAAUUAGAAACUUUUGAUUGCGGCCUUUUUGUGAUUAUUCAUUUAACACGUUCACUUAACAAAAUCUAGUCAAAAUUAUUUAUCUAAUAUUCAUUUAGUGAUUAUUUUCGAUUAGCUGUACUUAGUUCGUAGCUUACAUGAAAAUAAACAGAAAUAAUAAAUCGAAAAUGAAACAACGUGUACAAUUAUCUGAGUAAAGGUGCUGGUUCAAACCCCAGACAACAUUUUAAAAAGGUUACAUUGAUUGUUAACAAUUAAAGUGGCAAAUAAAAAUGGGUUUAUUCAUGGAAUAAACUUCACACAACUCUCUAAAUUCUGUACAGACAUUGCUCUAGCUCUGCAGAUAAGCAUUUUUCUUACAGAAUAUAGGGGGAUAUUGACAAAAGCAGUUAUCUUGUGGCUUUCGAUAGGGAAGGAGACCAGCGCUUGUGAAUUUAUAUUGCGAAUCGUAUGGUCUAUCGCGAUCUGAUUUAAAGACUUGCAUAUUUUUGAUAUACGCCUUCAGCUCUUGACGCCUCAGCUCCUCCUUCAUUUUGGCAAUUAAUGGAUUGUCCUCGAUUGGCCGAUUGCGAUAGAUGGCCACACAAAUGUGACACUCGCAUUUAACCGGAGGUUUCGGCGAUUCUGGCUCUUCGGUUUUCUUUACAAUCGAUUUAGCUGGCGAUUGUGAUUUACGUAUUGUUUUUAUGGGUUUUGGAGUUUCCUGUACUUCGGAGCCUUGCAAAUUGUACGGAUAGUGUAGAAACUGCUUCAAAUCAAUAUCAUCAAUGCUUAUAUUUUCAAUAUUGGGCAGAUCCAUUUCGCUUUCUAUAUACUGCUUGAUUUUGUUAUAUCUGUAAUGGUAAUCACUUAUAGACUCUGAAGUGAGAGUCUGCUCUACGUUAGGUUUCUGGACUCUCUUCACUCUUUCAUUUGCCUGACGCCGUUUUGAUCGAACAUCCUCCAAUGUAGUUUGUCGACUGUCUGAGGCUCCUCUCUCCUGACUUUUCGGAGGUGGCACGUAAUUGAUUUUCGAUUUGUUCAUCCUAAGACUAUUUUGAAAGUUUUUCAAUUUGAUGCGAUCCCGUUGUAUUCGUUUUAAAAUAGAUGCGUUUAUCCCGCCAUAUCCCGCCAUGCUGUGUUUUUUGGGUGAGUCCAGCACAGCUGCAAUUGAUUCUUUAAUGAGAGAUGUUUCAUAUAAAGUAUUUUUUUUCAAAUGCUUUUUUCUUUUCUUUUUGUAAUGUCGUUUAAAGUAAUCGAAUACAUCCUGUAGUCUGGAACGUCUGAAUUCAAUCCUUUUGUGGCGUUUUGCCAUAUCCCGAAAAUCUGCCGAAAUGAUGCUAUCCUUAGCCCUGUCUAAUAACUUUUUGCUCUUCCUAUAAGUCGGUUUCGCAUCCGAAAUGAUGCUCUCCUUAGCCCAGUCUACUAAUAACUUUUUUUUCUGUCUUUUACUCUUUUUCGCAUCAAUGCUUUUCGUUAGAAGCUCUUCCCCUUCAUCUGAUGACAUGACUGAUCCAUUACUGGAGAAACGUCUUUCAUUUAUAUUGUCUUCCAUUGAUAUUCUACUUGGAGGAUGCAGACUUUCACCUCUGUCUGUUGUCAUUUUUUUAUGUUGAUCUUUUGUUUUGUCGCGUAUUUUCUUAGCUUUGCCAUCUUUAAAUGUCUUUUCGGCAUCUUUAUUUCGACGGCGGUUCUUCUUCGCAUUGAUCGCAUUGAAUGUAUUCGUCUGACUAAGAUGACUUUUUCGCUUCACAAUCCUUUUAUUAGAGGUAUAUUCUUCUUCCUCUUCUUCUUCAGGAUUUUGCUGCUUAGAGGCUUCACUAACUGCAUAUUUCUUAUCUCUUCCUUCACUUACACGCUGGUUUUUCCUUACCUUUCCAGAGUCAUAUUUACUUUCAUUUUUUUUAAUUAAAUGAUUUUUCUUAAGGGUUUUGCCUUCUGAGUGAUGUAGCUUUUCCUUUUUCGAUUCUGCCAUUGUAUUUGCAUGAUCCUUUUUGUCCUUCGCCUUGGGAACGCUUAUUUCAUUUAGCAUUGUCUCAAUGGAGGUGCUCAAGGCUACAUAUGGGAUUGAAUUUUUCCUUUCGGUUUUUGGUACCAUUGGAAGCUUGUAAACUUCAAUUAUACUUAAUGCAGGAGUUCUAGACACUUCAUCAACCGGAUCGUCGGGCCCGAAAGUGAACAUUGGCUUAGGUUUCUUGAGGGACACAACAUGCCUCGCUGCAUAAGAAGACCUGUGUGGACUCAGCAGUAGUGGGUUAAUGAGUUGUCCAUUUGGUGUGCUUUUUCUGGCUGGUGGCUUCACUCGGGGCUCUGUAUAUUUUAAAUACACAUUAUCUAAAUCAUUCAUAGUUAUAGUUGCUCUCGUAUUUCUUGUAUCAAUCGCUUGACCCAGGUUUUUAUUGUUCAUUAGUAUAUGAAAAAAUUCGCCUUUGUUUCGUUGUAUCUCAUAAUUUCUCUUUUUCUUGGGCAACUUUUG